AUGAAGUGUGUCAUUGAAAGAAACGGUGUUAAAGUGUUUGGGAAGGCUGUUCAUGCCCUGGCACGCAUAGGAGAUGAAUUAUGGUUGGAUCCUAUGAUGAAAGGGUUGGCAAUGAGGUCAGUGAACUCAGCCCAUUCUGCCUACGCCUGCUUCCUCUUCUCCCCACUGUUCUUCCAACACUACAGCCCAGACACAGGACCAGCCCAGGACUGUGGAACUGUCAAAUGCAAGUUGGUCAUGAAGUCAGUGCUGCCGCUGUUUCGGUGCCUGGCUACCAUUGAGCGUAAUGUGGAUAGCUGUCAAAUAUCCAUCAAUCUCCCAGACAACCGGGUGAUAUUCCAGUUUCACUGCAGACAUGGUAUCACCAAAACACACAACCUGGGUUUCCAGGAAAGUGAAGCUCUGCAGGCAGUGUUUCCUUCUCACCUCUGCCCCAAUGUCCUGAAGGCCCAGCCCAGACUUCUAGGCGACAUGGUGAUGCACUUCCCAGUGUCUCAGGAAGAGAUCACUCUGUCCAUGUCUCCUCUGAGAGUCAAUCUGAAAAGCUACUAUGAAGAUGAAAGUGAUCAAAUGAAGGCCAUGCAUACUGAGAUGUCUUUAGAUCCCAGUGAGUUUGACUACUUCCAGGUUGGAGUUGACUCAGACAUAACCUUCUGUCUGAAGGAGCUGAGGGGAUUGCUGUCAUUUGCUGAAUCACAUGGUCUACCAGUAUCUGCUCACUUUGGCGCCGCAGGAAAGCCGGUGGCCUUCAGUGUAGAUGACAUGGUGCUGGAGGCCAGUGUGGUGUUGGCUACUCUUGUCAACCCAGAGAGCAGGACCCCCUCCCAGGCUACAGAGGCCCAGGCUCCUGCUGCACUAAGGUAG